GAUCUUCGUGAUUCUCUUGAUGAUUAAUUUUUUUAACCAUUGAACAGAAAGUGAAAGUAAAGUUCAGACUGCUGGAGCUCAAACAGAGAAAAUGGCUUCUCUACAUGUGUCUGGAGAAGAGCUUUCUUGUCCCGUAUGCAGUGAAAUAUUCAAGAAUCCUGUUCUUCUGUCAUGUACUCACAAUAUCUGUAAAGAGUGUCUUCAUCAGUUCUGGAGAACCACAGAUACUCAGCAGUGUCCUGUCUGCAGGAGAAGAUCCUCAAAACCUGAGCCUCCAGUUAAUCUUGCGUUACAAAACCUGUGUGAGUCGCUCCUGAAGGAGAGAAAUGAGAGUUGUUCAUCAGGAUCUGAGGAGAUCUGCAGUUUACACAGUGAGAAACUCAAGCUCUUCUGUCUGGAGGACAAACAGCCGGUGUGUGUGGAGUGUGUUACUUCUCAACAACACAUCAAUCACACAUUCAGACCCAUCAGUGAAGCUGUUCCAUCUGAUAAGGAGGAGCAUUAUACACCACUGAAGUCCUUGCCAGAGAAGCACAAAGAAAGCAUUAAAGGAAAGUUUGAGAAAACAGGACAACACAUCCAGAACAAAAAUUAUCUGAUCAAGAAAAGCAUCUUAAUUGAAGAUGGGAAUCCUGCUCGAUACCAUCUGCAAAAAAGGACGGACAAUUUGAAUCAAUCUGAACCAUAUAAAAAAAUGACCUUUGGGGAGAGAGAUAGACACAAACCUCAUAAAUCCAUUCUGCUGGUGGGAGAAACAGGAACUGGAAAAACAACCCUGAUCAAUGUGAUGAUCAACCACAUGUUGGGUGUUCAGAGAGAAGACAAGGUUUGGUUUGAGAUCACAGAUGAUCAGAGCGACCGAACAUCAGCUCACAGUCAGACCUCCAGCAUCACUGUUUAUGGGUUUUAUCUACAAGAGAGUCCAAUCGAUUUAACAAUCAUCGACACUCCAGGAUAUGGAGACACUCGUGGAGUUGAUCUUGAUAAAGACAUCACCAUGAGUUUGCACAGAUUAAGUGAAUUAGAAAGCUGGGUUCAUGAAAUAGAUGCAGUGUGUCUGGUGAUUAUGGCCCAUCAAAAUCGACUCUCUGACAGACAAAUAUACAUAUUUGAUGCUCUUCAGACUUUAUUUGGAAGAGAUAUUGCUGAAAACAUCCUCUUGCUCUUCACACACUCAUCUGGAGCUCCACCUAAAAAUGCCCUGAGGGCUGUUAAAGAGGCUAACAUCAAGUGUGCAGUAAAUGAGCAGAAUCAGCCCGUGUUUUUCCUGUUCGACAACUGUCAGUCAGAAGCUGCUGAUGAAGAAUAUGAAACAAUACAGGAACAAUCAUGGAAUCUCAGUUUUAGAGGAAUGACAGGAUUAUUUAAUUGUCUUGACAAAAAAUGUUCAAUAUCCUUGAAGUUGACUCGAGAUGUGCUGCAGAAACGGGAGCAGUUGGAGACAAAUAUCUCCGAUCUACAAUCACGAGUUCAAGAGAUGAAACAAAAAGAAAAUGAGCUGAAACUAACUCAAGAAACUCUGAAGAAGAACCAGGAAUAUGUCAAAAAUGAUAAGAACUUUGAGUAUGAAGUUGAAGUGGCCUACAAAGAAAGGAUUGAUAUUGAUUCUUCUAAAGCCAAGAUGGCGAUGUGCUGCACCGUCUGUGAGGAGAACUGUCAUUAUCCAGGAUGCUGGUGGGUCAGUGAUCUCUCGUGGUGCAGCGUGAUGAAGAAUUAUCACUGUACAGUGUGCACUAAUAAAUGCCACUGCAGCAAACACAUCAAAACAGCAAAAAUAUAUGAAACAAAGACAAAGACAGAGAAGAGGACAGAUGAAGAUUUAAAAAAGGAAUAUAAUGAGAAAAUUGGACACGGUGUGUCUUUGGUCAAGAAGCUGGAAGACGACCUGCAGGAAUUAGAGAGCGAGAAAAGAAAGCUGGUGAAAGCAGCUUUUGAAGCUAUUGGAGCUCUGGAGAAGAUCGCCCUCAAUACUGAUUCACUGUUCAUAUUUCAGCACAUUGAUUUUCUGAUUGAGAUGCUGAAAGAAAGAAAUGAGCCUGAAAACGCCAAAACACUGGAAAACAUCAAGCUGAGAGCAGAAAAAAAACAAGGAGCACUUGGAUACUUUAGAUAUUAUUUAAAAAAAAAAAAAAUAAUGUCUAAGAUACACAAACCCUGAUGAAACUCUG